CCCCGUCCGGCCGGCGCGCUCACCUCUGCUGCGGCGGCGCGCGCUGGGACAGGACCCGCCCCGGCGGGCGCAGGCAGCGCGGCGGGCAGCCCCAGCCGCCCGGGAGGCCCCGCGACGAUGGCGGCGAUGGCGGCGGCGCUGCGGGGACUGGGAGGGCGCUUCCGGUGGCGGACGCCGGCCGUGGCGGGCGGGGUGCGGGGCGCGGCGCAGGGUGCCGUAGCAGGUCAGCGGGACUACGAUCUCCUGGUGAUUGGCGGGGGAUCUGGCGGCCUGGCUUGUGCCAAGGAAGCUGCCCAGCUGGGAAGGAAGGUGGCCGUGGUAGACUAUGUGGAACCUUCUCCCCGAGGCACCCGGUGGGGCCUCGGCGGCACCUGCGUCAACGUCGGCUGCAUUCCCAAGAAGCUGAUGCACCAGGCGGCGCUGCUGGGGGACCUGAUCCGAGACGCCCCCCAUUACGGCUGGGAGGUGGCCCAGCCCGUGCCGCAUGACUGGAGGAAGAUGGCAGAAGCUGUUCAAAAUCAUGUGAAAUCCUUGAACUGGGGCCACCGUGUCCAGCUGCACGACAGAAAAGUCAAGUACUUUAACGUCAAAGCUGGCUUUGUCGACGAGCACACAGUUCGUGGUGUUGCCAAAGGUGGGAAAGAGAUUCUGCUGUCAGCUGACCACAUCGUCAUCGCUACUGGAGGGCGGCCGAGGUACCCCGCACACAUCGAAGGUGCCUUGGAAUAUGGAAUCACAAGCGAUGACAUCUUCUGGCUGAAAGAGUCCCCUGGAAAAACGUUGGUGGUCGGGGCCAGCUACGUGGCCCUGGAGUGUGCUGGCUUCCUCACCGGGAUCGGGCUGGACACCACCGUCAUGAUGCGAAGCAUCCCCCUCCGCGGCUUCGACCAGCAAAUGUCCUCCUUGGUCACGGAGCACAUGGCAUCUCAUGGCACCCGGUUCCUGAGGGGCUGCACCCCCUCCCAAGUCAGGAGGCUCCCAGACGGCCAGCUGCAGGUCACCUGGGAGGACCGCACCACUGGCAAGGAGGGCACGGGCACCUUCGACACCGUCCUGUGGGCCGUAGGUCGAGUUCCAGACACCAGAAGUCUGAAUUUGGAGAAGGCUGGGGUAGACACUAGUCCCAGCACUCAGAAGAUCCUGGUGGACUCCCGGGAAGCCACCUCUGUGCCCCACAUCUAUGCCAUUGGCGACGUAGUGGAGGGGCGGCCUGAGCUGACGCCCACGGCUGUCAUGGCUGGGAGGCUCCUGGCACAGCGGCUCUUCGGCGGGUCCUCAGACCUGAUGGACUAUGACAAAGUUCCCACGACCGUCUUCACCCCACUGGAGUACGGCUGCGUGGGGCUGUCCGAGGAGGAGGCAGUGGCUCACCAUGGGCAAGAGCGUGUUGAGGUCUAUCACGCGCAUUAUAAACCGCUGGAGUUCACAGUGCCUGGGCGGGAUGCAUCCCAGUGUUACGUAAAGAUGGUGUGCCUGAGGGAGCCCCCGCAGCUAGUGCUAGGCCUGCACUUCCUCGGCCCCAACGCAGGCGAAGUUACUCAAGGAUUUGCUCUGGGGAUCAAGUGUGGGGCCUCCUAUGUGCAGGUGAUGCAGACCGUGGGCAUCCAUCCCACGUGCUCUGAGGAGGUAGUCAAGCUGCGCAUCUCCAAGCGCUCAGGCCUGGACCCCACAGUGACAGGCUGCUGAGGGUAAGCGCCAUCCCUGCAGGCCAGGGCACACAGUGCGCCACCACCAGCUCCUCGGAGGCCAGACCCAGGACGGCUGCAGGCCAGGCUUGGGGGGCCUCGCCCCUCUCCUGAAGCCCCUGUGAUGGUCAGCGUGGAGCGCCAGUGCUGGACAGGUGGCCCGUGUGCCCUGCAGGGAUGGCUCGAGGGCUGUCCACCUCAUACCUGCACCUCUCAGCCUCUCCUGCCUGGCACCCCCCCAGGCUCCUGGUGCCAGAUGAUGACGAUCUGGGUGGAAACCCAUCCUGUGGGCACCCACAUCCGAGCCCGCUGGCAUUUCUGCAACGCAAAUAAAGAGGGUGCUUUUUCUGAA